AUGCCCGAGGGCGCUCGCUGGGCCAGGGACGAUUCCGACGUGGUGUGGUGCGAGUCAACCGAGGGGCUGCUGCAAGCGGUGGCCGACGGCAACACAGGCGUGGAGAUCGGCGGGGCUGACGCAGGCCCAUUGCUGGAGGCCGUGGAGCGUGUUGCGGGCUCCCUGGAACACCUCAGCCUUACAGGCUGUGCCCUCGACGCCGCGGCGCUGGGGCGGCUGGCAUCGGCGCUGGCGCCCACGCAGAUCAAGGGGGUUGGCGUCUCAAACAACCCGGGCCUGGGGGCAGAGGCGUGGACCAGCUUCUGGGCCGCGCUUCCCGCGUCUGUGUCCAAGUGGGACUUCGGCGACAACGGGCUCGAGGAUUCCUGCCUGAACGGGCUGGCGUCCGCCGUCGGCCACGGCGCCGCGCGGGAGCUGCUGGUCGACGGCAACGAUCUUGGCGACGUGGGGCCCCUGCUGGCGCUGGUUCGGGGCUCCCAGACCCUGGUCGAGCUCGACCUGGGCGACAACAGCCUGGCCGACGCGCAGGUGCGCCUGCUGGCUGAGGCGCUGCCAAGCUCCGCGGUGGAGACCCUGGUCCUCGGCAGGAACUCUGGCAUCACGGACGCGGGCGCCGUCGCGAUCGUCUAUGCGCUGCCCAGAACGAGGGUCACCACCCUGCACCUCGACAGCACCCAGAUCGGCGACGCUACCCUAGAUGCCCUGGCCGACGUGCUGGCGGACACCCAGCUGGUCGAGCUCCACAUCGACGAGACGAAGAUCACGGACCAGGGGGUGCUCCACCUGUGCAAGGCCCUGCCUCGGAGCAGGAUCAAGUUCCUCGAUGCUGGCGACAACAACCUCUCGGACGAGACGGCCAGUGCCUUGGAGGCCUCUUUGGGCGCCGACGUGUCCGUGGAGGGCCGCGCCAUGGCAGGGGCACGAGAGGCCGGAGUCCUGCACCCGCCAGCCGCCGCGAGGCACCGCAAGACGCACGGCGGGGGCCAGGCCGCGUUCAUGCAGGAGCUGUCCCCUUGGCUGCAGCAGGAGAUCACGCGGCACCUGGUCGGGGAGCUGAUUUGCUUCCACCCGUUCUUCGCUAACAUGCCCCCGCAAGCGCUGAACCACCUCUGCCUGGACACUGUGACGACUUUGUGCUCGGCCGGCGACAUCGUCAUAGAGAUGGGGCAGACGAUGCGCAUGAUGUUCUUCGUGGUGUCUGGCAAGCUGGGCGCGCUCUCCGUGGACAGCGGGCCCGUCUCCCGCCGGUCCCGCAGCGAGCCGCGGGACAACCGCCUGUCUUACUCCAGCUCGAUGGAUCUCAGCGACUACACUGGCACCUUGAUGCAGAGGACCUCCAGCAGGGCGAGGAGAGCAGAGGCGGUCAGGGCGACACCCUCGUCACAACCACGACGGUGGUGGGCGGCGAGGAGCACCAGGGGACGAUCAAGGACACACUUUGAGACGUGGGAGCCUGGCUGGUGGCUCGACGACGUCAGCCUGUUUAAGGACGCCGUCCGCAUGAUGACGGUCGUCAGCUUGACCGACAGCGAGCUUCUCGUCGUGACUCGAGAGGCAAUGCUCAAGCUGGUGGAGGUCUUCCCCGAGGUCGCGCGCUACUUCGAGGACGUGAAGGCGGCGGUGAUCGCGGAUGGGCUUCAGGAC